AUGUUUUUCAUCUCAGACACCAUUGAAUUUGAGCGCGAGGUAGCUGCGAAUAACGUCACUACACCACGCCAGAUCCAGGAGGCCGCUUUGGGCAUCACUCAGGCAGCGCUGAAGGCAAACAGUGCCACAUCCUCGGGUCGCAAGUUGGCGGAUAUUAGCGUAGCAGGGGAGGUAAUCCAUAAAGCCGCCAACGACCUUGUUCGACGAUUGCGGUGUGGCACCCGUGCUGUUAUGCUUGGUACUCGUAAAACUUCCACUACCGACCCCUCAGAAUUCAAUGCGGAGAAAGGCAGAUGCGCUCAAGCUUGUAACCGUGCUAUUGAGGGCGGUAAAUCCACUUUGCAGGAGCUAGUCGUCAUGGUGGAAAAUAUGAUCAAGUCCUUGGAUGAUCCGGGUUCUGGACAACCUCCGGCAAUGCAAGUGACCCUAGCUAUGCGGCGGCUUCGUGAGACCGUCUAUGAGAUUGUCGAAGGUAUCAAACAAAUGCCUGGGGGUAGUGGUACAUCCACCGAAUCUGAUACCCCCUCUGCUGUAUUUCUUCAGCAGGAGACCACUGAAACGACUAGACCAGUUUCGCAGCAUAAGCAACCACCAAAGCGACCUGCUCCAAUUAUCCACACCCUUCCCACGCGCUCCGAACUGGCGCUCAGCAUCAAGGAAGCCUCUAAUAUCGCUACAGAUGUCGGUGAUGCUGCAGGCACUGAGGAGUUGCGAGGAUUCACAUCAGAGAUCGAGCAGUCUAUGGAGAAACUUACCAAAUUGCAAUUUAAAGCUGCGAAACAGUCUCCUGGUAGCCCUAAACCUCUGAUUGAUGCUGGCGAAGAUGAUGAGAAUGAUGUUCUGGAAGGUCUUGACGCCAUCCUCGUAACAUGCAGGCGUUUAGCCCACGGGACAGCCAGUCUCAUGCACUGGGCCACCGCCGCACAACGCGAAUUGGUCAAACAGGGUCGUUUGAAACCGAAUGCUCCUUUCCCUCUGGCUUUUCUAUUCCAGGCAAGAUAUGUCUCCGCUGCCACCGUUCAUCUGGUAGAGUCCGCGGAGACGUUGGUAGCGGUGCAGACCAGUGACGCGUCAGCAGAGAGUAAGAAGCCGCUUUGUGUACCCGAGGAUCUCGUCUCCGCAGCUCGUACUGUGGUCUCUAACACUGGUCAGUUGAUCUUUGCGUGCCUUGCUAAGGCGGACGCCAAUUCCGCCUCGAUGCGAGGUUUAAACGCUGCAGCCUCCGCGGUUCGACGUCACGCCGAACGUCUGAUUGAACUGACGGAGUUGGAGAAGGGCAAGAAUGAAACCGAUGAACUUCUGAAGCCUUCUGGUCCUAGAAAGGCUACGGUAGAGGCUAUGAGAGAGGUUAGUUAG